GAACGGGCCUCCGGCACCAAAACUCACACACUACACUUGCUUCCUUGGCCUUGGCGGCUCGGCCUCCUCCGCCAGGCACUCCGGCUCGUGGACACGGGACACCUGCCGUGCCGGGACUCGCCGCCCGCCCCGCCCCGCCGGCCCACUUCACCGUCGUUUCCGUUCCCGUCGCCCUCCCGUUCCCCAACGACAAAACACGCGGAGUACCGUGUGCCCGCGCGAAUAUACCCAACCCCGUUCAUUCUCUUCUCCCUCGGAGUCUCGGACCCUCGCUGCCGCGCUAGGUGCUCCUCUCUCCCUCCCCAAACCCCCACCAUGGCGGUCGCCUCCGUCUCCGCCUCCGCGUCCCAUCUCCCCGCGGCGCUCUCCUCCAACCCGUCUCCGCGUUCUCCGCCCUCCUUCCUCCCCACCCCUCUCCGCGCCGGCCGCCUCAGCGCCGCCACCGGCGGCCUCGGCCUCAGCCCCGCCGUCCUCCUCCUCACUAGGAAGAACGGUAGGAGGUUCCCCUUGGGGGCGACGGCGAGGACGCAGCGGGAGAAGGCGGAGCUGGAGACCGAUGUGGCGGCCGUCGAGGAGUCGUUCCCCGUCAGGGAGACGGGCGCUCCGGAAGGCGCCGCCGACAACGACGAUGACGGCGCGCUGCCCCCCGCGGAGGACGUUGGCUGGGUCGUCAGGCUCGAGCAGUCCUUCAACAUUUUCCUCACGGAUUCCAUCAUCACGAUACUCGAUGGAUUGUACGGCGACCGCAACUAUGCCAGGUUCUUCGUGCUGGAGACCAUCGCUAGGGUGCCGUAUUUCGCGUUUAUAUCGGUGCUUCAUAUGUACGAGACCUUUGGCUGGUGGAGAAGAGCUGAUUAUAUCAAAGUGCACUUUGCUGAAAGCAUGAAUGAGUUCCAUCACCUCUUAAUCAUGGAAGAACUGGGUGGCAACUCUGAAUUGGUUGAUCGCUUCCUUGCGCGGUUUAGUGCCUUCUUUUACUACUUCAUGACUGUUGCUAUGUACAUGCUGAGCCCAAGGAUGGCAUAUCACUUUUCUGAAUGUGUUGAGAGGCAUGCGUACUCAACUUAUGACAAGUUUCUGAAGCUCAAUGGAGAGGAGUUGAAAAAACUACCAGCUCCAGAGGCGGCUAUAAACUAUUACAUGAAUGAGGAUCUUUACUUAUUUGAUGAGUUUCAAACAUCAAGAGUCCCAUGUUCUAGGAGGCCUAAAGUUGAUAACCUGUAUGAUGUAUUUGUCAACAUACGAGACGAUGAGGCGGAGCAUUGCAAGACGAUGAAGGCCUGUCAAACACAUGGAAAUCUUCGCUCUCCUCACUCCAUGGAGAGACGCGUAGACGAAACCGAUGCAGAAUGUGUAGUACCGGAAAAUGAUUGUGAAGGCAUCAUGGAUUGUGUCAAAAAGUCCCUGACAAGUGAAGAUUGACCGGUGCUAGCACCAUAGAAUAGAGUACAAAAUUUUGUCGAUGUUCUGUUCCAUUUUCAUUUUAUUUUCCCUUCUCUUUGUAUGUAGACAUUAUCAAUCCUUUUGUACUUAUAUAUCUUACAAAGCAGAAAUAGGUAUAGAAAUGCUUCACAAAGUCAAAUGUGUAAUUUGCCUUGGAAUGUGCCCACAUCUCUCCUUAACUCAUAGCAUUACAGUAUUCAAAUUUCAAA